AUGGAGCCCGGAAUGGAAGCUGAGACGUUGGAGUCCAGGAUCAAUAGAGCUACAAAUCCUUUAAAUAAGGACUUGGAAUGGGACAACAUAAAUGCUUUUUGUGACCAGCUGAACAAAGAAUUAGAGGGCCCACCCCUAGCAACCCGGCUCCUAGCCCACAAGAUCCAGUCUCCACAAGAAUGGGAAGCCAUGCAGGCUCUCACGGUGCUAGAGGCCUGUAUGAAAAACUGUGGCAAGCGCUUUCAUGAUGAAGUUGGCAAGUUUAGGUUCCUUAACGAGCUCAUCAAGGUUGUAUCACCAAAGUAUCUAGGAAACAGAACUGCAGAAAAAGUGAAAUCCAAAAUCUUAGAAUUGAUGUAUAGCUGGACGUUGGGUCUGCCCCAGGAAGUGAAAAUUACAGAAGCAUAUCAGAUGUUGAAAAAACAAGGGAUUGUAAAAUGUGACCCCAAGUUGCCAGAGGACGCGUCUUUCCAUCCACCUCCUCCUAGACCAAAGAAUGUAAUCUUUGAUGAUGAAGAGAAAUCCAAGAUGCUGGCCCGUCUGCUCAAAAGUUCCCAUCCUGAAGAUCUCCGAGCUGCCAAUAAACUCAUCAAAGAGAUGGUUCAAGAAGACCAAAAGCGAAUGGAGAAGAUCUCCAAGAGAGUGCAUGCCAUUGAAGAAGUAAAUAACAAUGUGAAACUGCUGACUGAGAUGGUGACUAACUAUAGCAAUGGAGGGAUGACAGAGAGCAGCGAGGAUCUCAUGAAAGAGCUGUAUCAGCGCUGUGAACGCAUGAGGCCCAUGCUUUUCAGGCUUGCUAGUGACACAGAGGACAAUGAUGAAGCACUUGCUGAAAUUUUGCAAGCUAAUGACAACUUAACGCAAGUGAUCAAUUUGUACAAGCAGAUUGUGAAAGGAGAGGAGAUCAAUGGUGAAACUACAGCAGGUUUUCUCCGAGGUAGCACUUCUGCACUUCUGGAUCUGUCAGGACUGGACGUGCCACCUGCCUACCCAGCUGUACCAACUUUCUCAGGCUGUAGCUCAGCAACUGUGCCAGAACAAAGCAGCUCAGUCUCUCUAUUGGACGAUGAGCUCAUGUCACUAGGGCUUACUGAUCAAGCAACUUCUUCAGUCCAAGGCACAGACAACAGUGGGUGGAACAGUUUCCAGUCAUCUGAGAGCCCUGAAGUCAGUGUCUCUUCAGGACCACCGGCUGCAGUCGGGAAAGCUGAAGCUGGACUGCCUGCAUCUCCUGCUGCCACGAGUGGUAUGGAUGAUCUGGAUCUGCUAGGCAAGACCCUGUUACAACAGUCUCUUCCCCCAGAGUCUCUUCAAGUCCGAUGGGAGAAGCAGCCACCUCCUCGACUAACCUUGCGUGACCUCCAAAACAAAAGCACUUCCAGCCCAUCUCUGAGCACCAAUAGCACUCCAUCUGUCUUCCCAAAUCUCUCUUCAAGCCCUGCUAUCACUUUGCCCUUGGAAAAAACAGCCCCUGUUUUGGCCCCUCAAGGGUCACCUACUCUUUCUGGAAAUGCAAGCCUUCCAGCAGGUCUCCCAGCUUCCACGCAUCCCUUAGAAUUCUCACUGAUGAAUGUCACUGUGCCUCUGGAAUCUAUCAAGCCAAGUAGCAUCCUCCCAGUGACUGUGUAUGACCAGCAUGGUUUCCGUGUCCUCUUCCACUUCGCCAAGGACUCUCUGCCUGACCGACCUGAUGUACUAGUGGUGGUCAUUUCUAUGCUAAGCACAGCCCCUCUGCCCAUUAGGAACAUCAUCUUUCAGUCUGCUGUCCCCAAGGUGAUGAAAGUGAAACUGCAGCCACCUUCAGGGACAGAGCUCCCACCAUUCAACCCAAUAGUGCCCCCUACAGCAAUCACCCAGGUCCUCCUGCUUGCAAAUCCACAAAAGGAGAAAGUAAGACUACGAUACAAGCUGACCUUCACCAUGGCAGAUCAGACUUACAAUGAAAUGGGAGAUGUGGACCAGUUCCCCCCUCCAGAAUCAUGGGGAAAUCUCUAGUGCCUCAGCCGGUGUGCUGGGUCAUGUUUCUAAAGAUUCCGCCUCGCUUAGGACCAGAGCCUUCCCGGGAUUGGCUGCUGUUUGGACUCUGCUUUCAGACUGCAAAGGCAGGCACAGGAGGAGGAGGAGAGGCAGAGAAGACCAAGAGGGGGAUGCCUGUCUUGGGGUUGGAGGGACAAGAAGGAUUGAGUUGCUGUCUGUUCUUUGAUUUCUGUUCUUAUUUGAUUUGUCCUUUAUCCUCAUCCUGUUGUCUCACUUUUUGCUUUUUCUUGAGUGGAAUAAUAAUCAUAUCAGCACAGAUGGGCUUUGAAGAGAGACACUUUAGAUCUUCUGUACAGCUUUCCCAACUGCUGAAGUAGUAUUGGAUCUUACACUUUCCCAUUAAUACCACUUCUGAACAAGCAACCCUGACACGUUCAGGUUAAUAGAUCAGUUUUGUUUUUUUGCUGCAGCACAAAAGCUGCAAGACAAAAGAUGCGGCAAGAUAAGUACCCAGUACUUUGUCACAGGAGAACUAGCUGUCCCAUUUAAAGCUUUGUGAAUUAAAUAUCUUUAGGACUACA